AUGAUAAUGAAAUAUAUCUCUGUUGUCGUCUUAAUAUUCACAACUCUUAUGCUCAACACUUACAAUGCUAAGGAAGAAAAUUCAUUAGAACCAACAUCAAUUCUAUUCAACUUCACUGAUUCCCAAACCACUGCAUUUGAAAAUUGGAUUGAGGUAUCAGAUGCAAUUCUAUUUGGAGGGAGAUCUAAAGCUGCAAUCGUACGACUAAAUGGAAGGAAUUACCAAUCGGCAUUAUUGUUCUAUCUACUCAAUCCACGAGAAAAUGGAUCGAGUUUCGCUGGUGUUUACAGGCAAUUGGAUACUCCGGAUAUUUCAAAAUAUACAGGUGUUGUAAUUGAUCUACAUAGACAGGGUGUAAAUUCUAAAUUUCAAUUUAUACUCUAUGGCGAAUGUUCAGAUGUACGGAAUUGUGAAUCACAUGAGUCGGAAUUCGAUGCAAUGAGAUAUUCAAUUACACCUGAAAUACGAGGAAUAGUGAUAAUACCAUUUGAAAACUUUUCCGCAUACUUUCGUGGAACACCGAAAUCUGGUUCAAAUGAUCUAAAUUUAUCUCAUACAUCACGUAUUGGAAUAAAAGUAUAUGGAGGAAGCAAUGCGCCAGAAAACCAAUUUGGUCCAGGUUCCAUCGAAAUAUUCACUAUUUCAGCAUAUAAAUUACGUAAUGUGUAUAAUAACAGUGAACUUUUAAUUUACCUCACUCCAUUCAACUUCACUGAUCCUGAAAUCACUUCAUUUGAUGAUUGGAUUGAUGUAUCAGAGGCAGUUCUAAUUGGAGUUCAAUCUAAAGCCAUUGACGUUCGACAUACUUCAUAUAUUCAAAAUCCUACUUUCGAAAUGAACUUCUACGGUAACUGUUCGAAAAUAUUCUUUUGUCCAUCAUAUAAAUCCUUAUUCUAUGUGACAUGA